AUGGAGGAGGGAUACGAGCUGGACCUGACGUACAUCACGGAGCGCAUCAUCGCCGUGUCCUUCCCUCGGGGAUGCCUGGAAGAGAUCUACGCUCACAAUCUCAAAGAUGUCACACGAAUGCUUAAGUCCAAGCACGCAGACAAUUACCUGAUUAUCAACCUGUCAGAGAAAAGACAUGAUCUGUCAAGAAUGAAUCCAAAGACCUUGGAUACAGGCUGGCCUGACAUGCACGCCCCGCCUCUAGAUAAGAUCUGCACCAUCUGUAAAGCCAUGGAGAGCUGGCUCAAUGCCGACCCGCUGCAUGUGGUGGUCAUCCACUGCAGGGGCGGCAAAGGGAGAAUCGGCGUGGUCAUUUCAUCCUUUGUGCAUUUCACAGACGUAUCGGCCAGUGCUGAUCAAGCAUUGGACCGUUUCGCCAUGAGGAAAUACUACGAUGAUAAAGUCUCUGCUCUCAUGACGCCGUCACAGAAGCGCUAUGUCUGGAUCCUCAACAGCCUCCUAAGCGGCUCCAUGAAGAUCAACGCCUCGCCUUUAUUCCUGCAUUACAUCAUCCUCCACGGAAUCCCCAACUUUGAAUCCUCUGGAGUAUGUCGACCGUACGUCAAAGUCUACCAGGGAAUGCAAGCGGUGUAUUCAUCUGGAAUCUAUCACAUCGGUUCAGGCCACAGAGGGCGGAUCUGCGUCACCCUGGAGCCUGCCCAGCUUCUCAAAGGGGACAUUAUGAUUAAAUGUUACCACAAGAGUGAGGUUUCUUCAGAGCGGGAGGUGAUUUUCAGGCUGCAGUUCCACACGGGAGCAGUGCAGGGCUAUAAGAUGAUGUUUGAUAAAGAGGACAUGGAAUCCGCCAACAAAGAUUCCAGAUUUCCAGAGUACGGCAAAGUUGAGCUGCUUUUCUCGGAGGGACCGGAAAAGAUUCCCGGUGCCGACAGAUGGCACAACGGCACCGACGUUACUGUGGACUACAAUACCGCCGACCCCCUGAUCCGCUGGGACUCCUACCAGAACAUGUGUGACGCAGAAGGUACCGUAGCACUGGCGCGCUGUCAAAGCCUAAGCCAGGAUAAAGCACAGAGCAAGAAGACCCCCAACGGAGGAGAGCCCACGUUGGUCGCGAGGACCUGCAGCACCUCGGCCACCUCCAGCCCCGACCACAGCGAUCACGCCCUCUCCGUCAGCAGCGACUCAGGCCUGUCCAGCACCUCGCUCUGGGCGGACAGACCCGCAGCUUCGUCGGCGGCCGUGACUUCUACCGCCGUCCGUUCCCACCAGGGUCCCAGCCAACAGGAGAAAGUUCAGCUCAAACAGCUGUUGAGCGGAUUCGGAGUGGAGGACCCCUCGCUUGAGGAGAUGGAUGAUCCGGCCCCAAGAGUGGCCAUCCAUCAGAUAGUCCCGGCUCAAGUGCACAUUAACGGCGACCCCUCAAGAAGUCCUCAAGAGAGGGAGACGGACAUUCUGGACGAUGAGGUCAUCACGGGGCAGGAUCUGCAUAGCGUGGACAGCUUCGGGACCUUGUCGUCCUCCUGCCACAAAAGCAGCCAGAACUCCUUGCUCUCCGACGGCUUCAUUGGUCCGGGAGGAGAGGAAAUGCAGCAAAGCCAGAACCAGCUCCAUCACCCGCCAUCUUGUCCUAUGGAGGACUAUGAGAGACAUUAUGGCGAGGCGAGAAGGGGCCACAUUGGUCCCAGGAUCAACUCGGUGGUGACUUCCAACCCCAGCAUCGCUUCCGUGCCGAAGCAUGUCUACAGACAGGGAAGCUAUUCCACACAGUCGUGGGUCCGCCAGCAACAGAUGGUUGCGCAACAGUUCAUUUUCAUGCCCGAGGAUGGAAAUGAUGCAGAAAGGUACCAAGGGAACAAACAAAGGAGCAGUUCGCCCAAACAAGGCUCGACCUCGGAGCAGCGGAACCCGGCCACGUCUUCUCCGGGAGGAACGGUUCCUCGCAAGGAACAAGCCGCACUGAACAAUAACAACAACAACACACGGGACGAGGAGUUCAAAUCUCUUACCGUGGAUAUUGACAACUCCAUCGAUCAGCUCAAUCAGCUCAUCAUGGACCUGGACCCCACUUUCACGCCGCCCUCCAGCAAAAGCGGCUCCAUCCAGAGGAACGGCGGCGCGCGUGUCAACGGCUCGGCUUCCGAGCGCUCCAACGGUAUCCAUCUGCGAUUCGGCGAGAACGACGCGCAGCAGAUGGUUGUCCAGUCCAACGACGGGGAUGUGGCACGGAGUUUAAGCCGUCAAGGGAGCGACGUCGCAAGGUUCUGCAGCUCGGGGUGGACGCGAAGCGAGGAGUACAGAAUCCAGAGGACGUACUCGCCGCAAUCCCAGCAGCAUGCCGUGUUGUGCAGGAACGACAGCGCUGACUACGGGUCGCAAGGUCCAGACGCAGACAGCAGGGUCGAAGCCGGGUGUGAUGUGGCUCCGCCCACUCCCGCCUUCCCUAUAUCUCCACCUACGCCAUACGUGAAAAAUGUGUCAGAGUUUACUCAGUCAUUCCGGCAAACGCCUCCACCUGCCAUUCACUCCUACGGAGGCUUCCGGACAGACCACGAAUCACGGGGAUAUUCAGAGAUGGUCAAUCACGUUGGAGUCGAUGCGGCAAAUAUCAACUGCCACCGGACGACACAUUCCGCCUCCAAUGUUGGCUCCCAUCAGCGGAAUGAGGGGCCAUCAGUGAACCAGUCUUGGCCGGAACACCCCGUCCUGAGCCGUCAAGCCUCUUUGAACAGCUUCCCCUCCAACAGGCAAGCCCCCCAGCACUCCCCCUCACUGGACUACGGCCACCGAGGCGUCCACCCGGAACCCAACGGCCACAGCUCGCCUCGUAGCAGCCAGCGAAGCCGUAUGGCUCGCUACGCCCUCGGCCACAGUCCCGCCCAAAGCUUUGACGAACAGGAUGACUCACACUGUCCCCCAAACGGGAUUCUCUCCUUGGAUGAGAAUCAAUCUCAGCUGCCGCAUCUGCCUGAGAAGAAGAGGGUACCAGAUGGGGAACAUGGGGGCACAGCAUCCCCUGCACCGAGCGGAUUCUCAAGUCCGCACAGCGCGAGUUCCCUGAGUAUCCCCUUCCCCAACGUCUUGCCGGAUCUGUCGGCUCAGAUCCCGAGAACGGGCUCGCCUCUGCCGGAUGUGCUUGCCAGCAAGCAGGUUACGGUCAAAUUUGUACAAGAUACAUCCAAAUUCUGGUACAAGCCUGACAUCUCCAGAGACCAAGCCAUUUCAGUCUUAAAGGACAAGGAGCCAGGUUGCUUCAUCGUGCGGGACAGCCAUUCCUUCCGAGGUGCCUACGGGCUGGCCAUGAAGGUGGCCACACCCCCGGCCUCUGUUCUCCAGCAGAGCAAAAAAGGUGGAGAUCUUGCCAAUGAAUUAGUGCGCCAUUUCCUGAUUGAGUGCUCACAGAAGGGUGUUCGCUUGAAGGGUUGCCCCAAUGAGCCCUAUUUUGGAAGUUUAACUGCAUUGGUUUGCCAACAUUCAAUAACUCCCUUGGCCCUGCCCUGUAAACUCAUCAUACCAGACAGAGAUCCUCUCGAAGAUGUGGUGGAGAACACGUCUCAGUCAGUCACAAACUCUGCCGCGGAACUGCUCAAACAAGGAGCAGCCUGUAACGUUUGGUUCCUGGGCUCGGUGGACAUGGAGUCGCUGACGGGGGUGCAGGCGGUGCAGAAAGCCACCGGCAUGAUUCUGAGCUCCAACCCCCCUCCAACUUCCACAGUGGUCCACUUCAAGGUCUCCUCGCAAGGAAUCACCCUCACUGACAACCAGAGGAAGCUUUUCUUCAGGAGGCAUUACAACGUCAACACGGUCAUAUUCUGUGCUUUGGACCCUCAAGAUAGAAAAUGGAAAAGGGAUGGCUGCUCAUCAGCAAAGAUCUUUGGCUUCGUGGCGAGAAAAAGCGGCACCUCCAUGGACAACGUGUGCCACCUUUUUGCCGAGCACGACCCCGAGCAGCCGGCCAGCGCCAUCGUCAACUUUGUUUCCAAGGUGAUGAUCAAGAGUAAGUAGGUGGAUCCGAGGAACUGUAAACGGAGCAGGAUUACCAGCAGGAUCUUGGUGGACUCUCAUGACGUCAUUGUCACACCCGUAGAUUUUUUUUUUCUCCCUAUCUCGCUAUUAACGGUCAUUAACAUUGCUGAUUAGAAGAAUGCAUCUCACGAGCGGUGUGCGUGUAUAUAGUAGAUUGGUUUCAUGGGAUACAUGGCGUGCAUAUAUAAACUAUGCAACAUACAAAUGUUUUAUUUUUUUAAACCAUACUUAAACACGUUAUGCAUUAUAAGUCUUCCUCUAAGUUUUACGCGUAUGACAGCUGUCAACAUUUACAUGAAAAAGAGUGAGUGUCUGUGUGUGUGAGAUGAAGAUUAUUUGAAGUAAACCUUAAUAUAUAUUAUGUAUUCCUCUACCCAAACGACACAAACUGGUCCAAUUAUAUCGAAAUGUAAUUGUGUUUUUAUUUUUGUCCCUUUUGCCAGGUCGCAUUCCCAUUUAUGAUUUUGCGGGACACUGAGCCAAUUGAACAUUUAAAAACAAUUCAAUGAAAUGAUCUCAUUUUGACUCUGGUGCCCCCUAUAGGCAAAACGUGCCCUCAAUAAGAAUUAGCAAAUGGGCUUUCACUUGUCUAGCGCUUCAAGGGUGAUGCAUCAACUUGAUUUUCAAUUUUUUCUAUAUUUGAAGUUGUCUUAAGUUUGUUCUUUUCGUGCUGCUGCGCCUCCCCGCAAGUCUUCUGGUGCCCACUAGAGGGAGUUGUUCCCACACAUUUUGAAAACUGCUGUCUGUCCGAGAAGAAGAAGCCACCGUUUUCGUAUUGUCUGUGGAAAACAUAACAUGUAUUUCUAUUUUAUUUACGCCUAUCUCACCUCAGUGUCUUUACAGUGAUUUUAAACGUGGCCACAUGUAUGUGUACCUCAUGUAUACUGGACCUCUGUGUAUAACUUUAUUUGUAUAUGCAAAUUGAAUUUUGUUUUGAUGUGCUCUGUAAAUAAACACAAGGAAACACUUGUA